AUUCAGAUCAUUUUCUAACCUUAAAACAGUUGACUAAGUUUGAAUUAAACAGAAAAAGGAAAUUUCCCUUAUUUAACCUUAUUUACACCAAUUAUGAAUGUGGAGUAUUUUCUUUAGAGAACAACUAUACUUUCCACGGUAUCAUUCAUCGAUUUUUUUGGAUAAAUAUAUACAUAUUUAUUAAAUAUAUACACGUAAAUAGUUAUCGAAAGACAGUGAAAUUCAUUUCUUUAUGGCUGAUAACUUGGAUCAGAAAGAAGUCACAUCGAAUUCAGAGAAUAUAAAUACACAAUUAAACAUAUCAUAUGAAUUAAAUACGUUAAAACAGGGUGAUUUCCAGAGAACUGAUCAUUAUUCUUUUGAUAAGGAUGUUAUGAAAGAUAAUAACGUAGCUCUAGUAGAAAAUGUUAUGUCAAGAAGUGGAGAAGUUGAAACACAUAUUGAUGUUAACUAUGGAGAUGAAAUGGAUUUUGGAGAUGAUCCUGAUCCAAACGAUGGUAAUAAUGAAGACGAUGAUAACGAUGAUAGUGAUAGUUCCAGUUCAGGUUCUAGUGUAGCCAGGCUAGUGCAAACCGCGCGUAAUUUAGUUCAAGUAGAAAAAGCCGAACAAAUUGCUCAAGAGACAAGUGAACAUCUAACCCUAGCUGAUAGUCAGUUAACUGAUGAAGAAGAUCAAACUCAUUCAGUGGAAUUAAGUAAAAGUGAUACUGAUACAGACCAGUCUCUUAAUGUUUUUAACAAACCAACGAUCAAUUCAUUACCAGUUCUUAUUGAUCCAAAUGGUGCAAUUAAAUCUAUGCGAAUCAGUGCAAAAGCUGCCGCUACACUUGGUAUCGACUUAUCAGAAAAAACCGAAGGACUAUUGACUGUACCAUACCAAGUUGAGACGGGUCAACGAUUUAAAAAUAAACAUAAGGAUUACUUUAAAAAGAAAAUUGAUAAAGAAUUUGUUGGUCAACUACAACGAGCUAAUAAAUAUGAAGGAACACCAAGAGAAUCUAUACAUGAAUCAUUAGAACGACUACCUAUGUUUGAUAAUGAGUCGAAAAAAUCAACAUCAUCUCAACAAUAUCGAAAUGAAAAAUCAGACGGAUUAUCAAGAAAUUCAUUUUCACCAUCUGAUUUCAUGUCAACUUCACCAAGACAUAGUACUGCAAUCGGUAGUAUUGGUGGAAAAAAGAAUAAAAUAGGCUUUCAAUUCUUUCGACCUAAAACUUCUAUACAACCUGGUGCAAAAUUAGUACAAGUAAAAGAACUUAAACGUAUGAUUCGUGCAGGUAAACCAAGUUACGAACAAAUACAUAAUUGGGGGCAUUCGUUUGAAGCUUUAUUAAAUGAUAAAUAUGGACUUGCUUUAUUUAAAGAUUUUCUCAGUACUGAAUUCAGUGAUGAAAAUAUUGAAUUUUGGAUUGCAUGUCAAGAUUACAAACAUACUACUAAUCCAAAAAAAUUGGCUAUUAAAGCAAAUCAAAUAUUUACAGAAUUUAUAGCAGUUCAAGCUAAUCGCGAAGUUAAUUUAGACUCAAAGACUCGUUUACAAACUGAAGCUGAUUUAUCUAAUCCAACAGUGAAUACAUUAGAAAAUGCUCAAAAACGUAUACAAGCUUUAAUGGAAAAAGAUUCAUAUCGACGUUUUCUACGUUCUGAAGUUUACUUAACAAUGUUAAAAGAAGCUAGAGAAACAGCUAAAGCAGCAGCUACAGCUGCAUUAGCAGCAUCACUUCAAGAAGCUAGUGAUGAAUUAGAUGAACCAGUAUUUCAAUUAGUACAUUCAACUACAUAUACAUCACCAUUUUCAUUUUUAAGUACAUUUGGUAGUACAUUUAGUGCACAGAAUACACCAAGUUUAACAUUACCUGGUGUAGCAGCUGCUGCAGCAAAAGCUGAUGCUGGUUUAAAUAAUAUUCAAGAUUUACAAUUAUUAGGUUUAUCUACAUCAAGGCAUAUGCGUGAAAAUCAACAAAAUUAUUCAAUUGGAAAUCGACUUAUCACUAAUACUAAUACUAGUACUAAUUUCACUAGUACUAAUACUACAGCUUCAUCUCCAAAUGAAAUUAUUUCAGAAUCUAUACAAAGUAAUAUCACUUGUUGUCAAACUAAAUUUACAUCAACGACAAUAACAACACAUUCUACUAUUUCUAGUCAUAACUAUUCUACUCAUAAUCUAACCGAUAGUAAUGACACCUGUGAUAUCACUGAUAAUGUAAAUACAAAAUAAAUUAAUUGUUCAUUUAUUAUUUUCUUUUUUGUUGAAAAAAGUUAUCAUUUAUUUCAAGCUAAUUUAUAUUAUAGAUUACGUAAAAAGAAGAAGAAGCAUUUCAUUCAUUGAAUAUAACAAUAAACAUAAUACAGUAAUCAUAAUGAAACCAAUUAAACCAUAUACAGAUAUAAAUCAGUUACAUAUUUAUGAGAAUAUCAAGUAUUGCUUAUUUCAGUUUGUAUGCUUCCUGUUUCAUUAUUUCAAUGAUUAUUAUUAUUACUAUGGUUACGAUUACUAUUAUUACUAAUGAUAUUGAUGUUAUGUUUCCAUUAUUUAACUAAAAGUUAAGCUGAAUUGUCAUGACAUUCUUGUCUCAUCUUUAUUAUCUAACCCUUAGUUAAACUAUCAUCUUAUAUAUUUGAUAAACACUGAAUAAACAAUUGAAAAUGUAACAAAUUUAGGUUAGAAAUGUUACUGAUACUGUCGAUGUUUUUAAAAUCACAAAAAGAUUUGAAAUCAAACACAAUGAACUUGAUUUCUCUUUUUCUCUUCACAUUAUCCCUGUUUUGUUUACUUUGUGUUAAAGUUUUGUUUUCAAAGAGAAAAAUUAUUAAAAAAACAACAAGAGUAUCUCUUUCUCCAUAAGAUUUAAAUGUUGUUUGAUUUAUUAUUAUUAUUUUUUGAUAACUGUCCCACUCUUUUUGUUUUUCGUAAUUUUCAUUUUUUUUUGUUUUCUUCCCUCCCCCACCUGUAACUUUCUUUUUCUUUCGGUUUUUUUGUUUCAUCCCCCCCUUUGAUUUUUCAAAAAAUCUUUUCAUGAAAAUUUCAUCAUGUAGUGUACACAGAUUAAGAUUUUGUAAUUUUUUUCUUUUGCUUUUUUUUAUUAGGAGAAUUCAUCAUCAUCAUCAUCAUUUUGUUUCAUUUUUCCUUUUUACAAUCGUAAUAAUGAUAGAGGGAAACGGCAAAAGUUUUAAUUAGUUGCUUGAAUUGAUGCGGAAAAUUUCAAAGAAAAAAAUAGUAAUUGGUAACAUAAAAAAAAGUCAAUAAAUUCAAGGAAUGACAAAAAACUAUUUCUUAUUUGUACAGAUAUACAGUAAUAUUAUAAACAUGAAUAUGAACAAAAUGUUAUAUACUGUAUCCAUGACAUUAUUCAAUGCAUUAAAAUAAUGAAUACAUUUUUCUGAAUAUCAUAUAUCUUUUCC